AUGAGUAACAAGAUUAUAAAACUGGCAAAAGAACUGGAACUAGAACUGGAUGAGAAUGACAUGGAGGAGUUGAUUGAGUCUCAAGAAGAAACGUUGAAUGAGGAUCUGAUUGAGCUGCUUGCUGCAGAUUGCAGAUUAAGAAAGGGCAACUUUGAUACCCAAGAAUGCUUGAAAGUCCACCAGCACCAAGAGGUGCACAUCUUCCUUAACCUUCUAGAGGAUAGCUACCUGCAGCAAUUCUUUGCCACCGAUCUAUGCUUUCAAAUCUCUGAUAAGUAUCUCUUGGCUGUGGCCCUGAUUUAUUUCCAAAGAGCUGGCCUGGAGCUCAGCGAAUAUACCCACAGCAACCUCUUUGUAGCCUUGUAUCUAGCUAAUGACAUGGAGGAAGACAGAGAGGACCCCAAGUAUGAGAUUUUGCCCUGGGCCCUAGGCAGGGGCUGGUGGAAACUCAUGCCCAGCUUCCUUCGUCGGAGGGACCAGCUGUGGGCCUGGAUGGGCUACCAGGCAGCUGUGAGCCGGCACUGUUGUGAAGAGGUCAUGGCAAGGGAACCAUCCCAUUGGGCCUGGACCAGGGAACGGCCUGCCCACCUUGGAGGGGCUUGUCGAGGCUCCCCCCAGGGAGACCAGAGCUGUUCUGCCAUCCUGUUCCAUCUCUCAGAUCUCUCUCCACUGGGCUGCUCCGUUUGUGGCUGCUGGGUCCGGUGGGGCCAUUCUCCAUUUUCUCCCAGACAGCCAUCCCCCACACAGAACUCCCUUAAACAGCAUCUCCCCCCCCAGCAGCAGUACCCCAAACAGCCUCCUCCAGCUCAGUCCCUUCCCAUUCUUUCGUUGGCCCCUUGGCCCAGGAACUUUUUCCUCAUUCUCCCUCCAAAGCUGCAGCUAGAACCUGGGACCUACACUUUGCAGAUCCUGCCAGAGCUGGCUGCUGCUGUCUCCCCUGGUUCCUGGCAGUCAGUGGGAUAA